AGGACCUGAAGACUUGCUCUCCGUUUUGAAUUCUCUACUCACAAUUUUAUAUUUAUUGACAAACCAUUAGUUGUCACACAUGAUGAACAUGUACUUUCUACUAGUAGACAAUUCCAAUGGUAUUUUAGAUGUAGGAUCGAUGUUAAUGGUUUUUUGGGUUUUGAUACGACAUUCACAUUCAUAGGAAAGUUCUCUACCUCGCUUACCCUGAGCAUUCGUACUAAUUUUAUUUAUUUGUAUUCUCGCAAAACUCAAUGGCGUUACUACCAAUGAGGUUGAGCACGAACACUCAUCAGAGCGGUUACUUUUUCGUAUUUAUUCCGGAGCAAGGUGGCUGCAGGCUGGAAGAUCUAGCAGCCGUCAUUGCAGAAAAACCCGCCCCCAGGCGCCGCUAGUCGUAACGCAAGAAAAUUGUCCAGCUCUAACCUCCCAAAUUGAGCUUGUUUUUGAUUUCUCUUGGUUUUUCAUGCAAUCUCUCGAAAACGAUCUGACCUCUAUAUUUUUUUCUACUCCCGCACACACUGGAAACUAAACAAUCGCCGAUUGAAAGACACCUACGGCCUCUACGUCGUGCCAUAAUCGGAUUAAUAAUUUAUUGUUUAUUCAUUAUUUGUGGUCCGCCGCCGUCCGCAGCGUGACCAUGGAUUCUCCAUUGGGGCCGUUUCCUGGGGUGAGCGCUACCGGCACUGCUCCUCACGAGCAACAGCGACAUGUUGACAUCAAUACCCUCGAUAUGCUGCACCCAUCUCAAUUAUCUGCUGCGCGACCACCUGCAGACACGAGUAGUCUUAGUUUUGGUAGAAAUUAUAUCACUACCUCCUACGCGGGCGGCCCCACGUCGAGCACGAUUGCUACUGGCGUCACGUCCCCGUAUGCAAAUGCAAUCCCGCAGCAGCACACCGGCGGAGUCGCCCUAGCGGGAGAUAGUACACUCACACCGUGUGCGGCACGAGACCCGGCGACUUUUUCUACCCCGACGACAACCACGGUGGCGCAACAGAAAAUCAACCUCCUGUCCUCCGCGUCAAACUUUAAUCUUGCCCGGAGUCCCACCCCUUGCUCAGCCUCGUCUGCGGCCAUGAAGUUCUGGGUCAAUAACCCUUCUAGGGCGUCUACAGCCAACACCCGUUCGUGUAAAGGAUCGAGUUCGACGGGCUGCACGACGAGCGCGGCAACGAGCGUGAUGACCUCUUCUACGACUUCUGUAUCCACUGGCCUUCCCGCAGCAAGUUCCCAAUCAGUACCGGAAGCCCCACCGGCUCGUAACUACCAACAGCACAACUCGCUCGUUGUGCCGGCGCCGCCGAUUCCGACACCACCCGGCGUACAACAACUGGGGCGUCCAUUAGCACAGGGAUUGGCUAUAGCGGAGAAGUUUGCGACCUUGGAGGACUUCUAUCCGAGUGCACAACUCCUCCUCCUUUGAAUGGCAUGAACAGCCUCAUAUAUCAUGCAUAUGACAUUGACUCAUACUCUAUCUUUCUUUUUCACGCGGCCGCCCGGACGUCCUGGUGCCGGUAGAUUUCCGAAAAAAAGUAUGCAAAAGGUACAUCGCCGAAUGAUAAUGAAAAGGGGACGAGAGCAGCUGAGUUUGACUUUCUGAUGCAUGAGGAAAUUUUAGGGGGAGGAGGACUUGUGCACUUGCACAACUUUUUGGCGCAUAUGUGGAGCGACCUGGAUGUACAAAAACGAGGAACCUGGAUGAGCUUCGAGGACCCCCAGCUAGUCAACUCCUUUUUGCUCGCUGCCUACACGCGCGGCAUUGCAGAUGAGCCUUUUCCUCACACACCAGUAUUAAGCCCAUUAUUGGAGCAAGAUAUAAUUACAGAUAGUUGUUCUACUAAGACCGCUGGCGCUAAUAACGCGCAAGUAGAAAGCACGACAGACGGCAGAGCUGCAUCUGCGUCGGGGCCAAGCCAGCAAUCGACCCUUGGUACAAUCUUCGACGGCACGGAAGCACAUGAUGUGUCCGCCACCUCCGCGUCCGGAAAUCUUCAACAGGGGCGCAGAGCUGGAGGCCGGGGUGGUUCAGGUGCACCGAAGUGCCCGCUGCUGGAGAAUAUGGUCGUGCAUCUGUACACCGUGCCAGAUCCUCAUGAUGGGAGUGCAACGAUUCAACGUGGUGAUGCGGUUGCACUUGCACCCCCAUCUUCUCUCGACGCAGCUGCUCCAUUUACAACGCCUCUGACGGCGUUUGUGACGCAGUUGACCCGAGAGCGCGGGACGAGCACAUCGCUGAGAACCGCGGCGGGCGGCGCAAAUUUUAAUUCCGCAGCGGGGCAGCAGGUUGACAUCGAGGAUACGGCGGAGUUCGUUUCGCGGAUGAGCAGCAGGGUUGCGAAACUGUCAUGGUCCUGCGAAUUUUUGGGCUCGAACUUCGAGGAAGCAGUGUCGCACGGGCUCCCCGACGUACUGCAGUCGACGAAUCGCCGGAAGCUGCAAUGGAACCACUGGCACAGCGUCUUCUCCGCACAGAAGCCGCUGUAUUCGUGGCACCGGCUCGAGCGGGCGGUGUGCAAAUUGAUCGAGCAGUCGUGGAUGCAUGGGUGCUUCGCCAUCGACGGCCGCUUCAACUACGGGACGAGUUUCCGCCGCUCGUACCCGAAACGCCGUCCCGGGCGCCGGGCAAAAAAAGAUCGAGUUCAACAGACGAGACAGUUGCAGCAAGAUAGCAAUAUUCCGGAGUCGCAUCGCUCGAGCGCUUUGCAUUCAAACCUAAACAGCCAUGAACAGCAUGCUCCGUCGCCGGGGUUCUCGCCGUACCAACAGAGCAGAUCCGACCAAUCGCAGCGCUACGACUCGCUGCCAGAGUCAAACGCAAGUACUAUUAGACACUACCCCCAAACGCCCGAAGACAAUAAUAUUCCGGACCGCGCAAGCAGUUUUUAUUUGUCAACCAGUACUUCUGCAACGACCGGUGCAGGAGGUGCUCAGGCUCACAAUAAUCUGGGCCGAUUUGUUGAUCCUCUCUAUUUCGAGGGCAAUGCUAGUACAACAGCAACGUCGCUGCCUGCGACGUCAAAUGUAAGUAGCAGUUUCUAUUCCUCUCCACCGCCUGUCGUGCAACACGGUCCGCCCGUCCCGACACCGCCUUACUUUGCCGCUCGCAGUCGCCCGCUGGCGGGCGGGACAUAUAAUCUGGAACAGCAUGCUCAGCUGCAACACUUGCCACAAAGCGUCCCUUCGAGCAGACUGAGUCAACAGCACACCGGUUUUCCUUAUCAGAAUCAAGAGCUGCUGAACCUGCAAAUGCAACUGCAACCGGGAACAAGAUUUCCCUCUCAACAACCACAUCCUCAGCACUUUAACACUGCGGCAGCGCCCCAGCACUCUGGAAUUGUUCAGGCCCCCCUUGUGCAUCACAACUACUACCAGCAAACGAACCUCUCCAACAUGGUUCAAAAAGACAAUAACUCACAGCAGUGGGUGGUCGGUGCCGCGAGCAGUUUUGAUACAACCGUUCCCAGCAUGAUGUGCAAAAACUACACUGACGUUAAGGAACAAGCGCGCCCUACGAUUUGUGCACAAGGCGUAGACUUUCCACAAGCUUCCCCUUGUGUUAAACCGGAUACCCCUGAUGUUAAAAUUUGCGAAAACAGCACGCGGCGUGAGAUGAAAGCUGCCGCAGCUCGAAAUUCCGGCCACCGGCUUCUGGAGGUGUUUUUCAACAAGGAUAAGACGAACGCCGACAAAAAUGCAGAAAUCCAGCGUCCGAAGUUGCAGUUCCGAACGGAAGGGGACAACGAGGACCUGGUCCAAAUGUGGAAGCUGCACACGAAAGGGGUAUCCUGAGGAAAAAUCCCCCCUCCCCAUAUUCGAAAGGCCACGCUUGAUGCGCGAUCUGUGCACGACACAAAUCGCGAGGGACUCAUGAAAGCGCAAUUGGCUGCGCUUGUUUGGGCUUCUAGUAGUUCUAGAAGUCUAGCGGUUCAGCAUGAUACAGAUUCUUGCUCCUGUUGUAGGAUAAAACGCAUUUAAAGAAGAUGGCCGAGCCCGUGCUCGCUUUCGCUCUCACCUCCCAAGUAUGCAGGGCAGUAGAGGGACUUUUUGCGUAUACAAAUCUAAUCGGCAACACAACUGUUUCUGCCGCUUUAUUUUCAAUAUGGGGAGGGAGGGUUUUUCGUCAUGAUAAGUGGCAAAAUUUGACCACGAGAAGAGGCUCGCGGACAUGCGGCUGGAAAACUUGACCUGGCGACUGUGGUACAAGGCCCGAAGGCAUGAACAGCUAACGUUUUUGGCUGACCCGUUGCCCUCGUUGCUGCCAAUCAGGGCCGGUAGGCCUUCCUCGCGAGGAGGGGGCACAUAUGAACAAGAUCUCCGAGAGGAAACACGAAUCUUCGAAGACCCCAGUUCUCUCAGCGGAAUUAGAACCGCCAAGCGGAACGGCCGUGGACGCGUUCGAGAGCGCGACGAGUUCUUUGCCAAUCACCAGGCUGACAUUGAGGUGGACUCUACCGGGUCAGUGUCCGUGUACAAUUUUGGCCGGAGCCACAGUGCCGAGGGGCGCGUCUUCAAUUUGUGGCGCCGGAAGCACAAGCGGCGGAUCCUGCGGCGCUUGCUCCAAGAGGACGUCGAGGUAGAGAGAGUGGCCCAACAAGAAGAAGUUAAUAACACGACUGCUGCAGCUGCUGGUUACUCUUCCGGUUCGGGUUGUUCCGCCACGUCUUCCUCUUGUGAGGAAAUGCUAUCCGAUGUUGCAAAAAAUACGGCAACCUGGAACGGUUCUGCCGUUGUUCCAGUGCUGUCAUCUUGUUCAACAGCUGGAGGUCUUCAUGCAGCCACUGUUCCUAAAGACGAACACGAUCGAGGCAGUGGCAGUGCAGACCACCAUUCCACCUCGCGUAGCGGCACUGCCACGGUGUCCUCUCCACGUUUGCUCCCUACGAAGCAGCAAGAACUAUAUCAACCGUUACAACACGAUACUGGAUCCUCUUCACUAGGUGCGCCGCCCGCGGGACGAGCGAACCCGAACAUGGGCCGCGAUCUUGCUACUGACGCUCUAUUCCGCGUGGUUUUCCGCGAUCUUGCUACUGACGCGGGGUUUUCCGCGUGAUUUCUGUUAGGAAAUCGCUCGCCCCUGGGCUUUCCGCGUUUCUUUAUAGGAAAUCUCUUCCUUAGGAGCCGGCCGCUGAUCUCCGCGAAAAAAACACGUAGUGGAGGCAAGCUCCUUCUGAUCUUCACUGCGAAACAGAGCGGAGACGAGCUCGGUGGCUAAGGUUUGGGUGGGAUAGGGUCUGUGAUAAGUAUCGGGGUUUCUCCUUUGAUAUGGAUCAGACGGUCCGCGAUGUCGGACUUUUCUCCUUUGAUAUGGAUCAGACGACUUUUCUCCUUUGAUCUGGUAACCAAAGGAGAAAAGUCCGGACUUUUCUCCUUGCAAAGGAGAAAAGUCCGCUGGAUUGAUACCAGAGCGAGCAGCUCCUGGUCCAAGUCCUUCUGUUUUUGCUUCACAUCCCUCUGCUUUAGCAUCAAAUCCUUCUGCUUUAGCAUCAAAUCCUUCUGCUUUAGCAUCAAAUCCUUCUGUUUUAGCAUCGAUUCCUUCUGCUUUAGCAUCCGGUCCUUCUGUUUUAGCAUCAAUUCCUUCUGUCUUAGCAUCGAUUCCUUCUGUUUUUGCAUCAAUUCCUUCUGUUUUUGCAUUUUUCUACAUAUCACGCGUGCUGUGAUAUCAACAGCACAGUCGACUUUUCUCCUUUUCUUCUUUGAUAUCAUGUGAUAUCACGUGAUAUCAAAGGAGAAAAGUCUUUUUUCAAAGUUUAAAGACCCAAGGCUGUUUAUAAGCAAGCUCUGCGAUUUACUGUGUUACACAUUUCAAACAGUAUCAAGAUUCCGCCGAUUUACUGUGUUACACAUUUCAAACAGUAUCAAGAUUCCGCUGCGGUUCGUCAGGUUUGCGACUUAGUGAAACAGCAGGCAUUGUCCCUCACAAGGUCGAAAGCAUCGCUGUGACCUUGGCCCGCUCUAUUGUUUCGCUGACACAUUCUGCCGCCGCCCGGUCUAUCAGUCACUGGAGUUCUCAAUCAGGUCCGCGACAUGUAGCAGCUUGCCUUCUUAGCUAUUCCAGUGAACUGAAGCAGCCGCAGCUACGUGGAGGCCUUGUUCUUUUUGCCUGACACGAAAAUGAAAACGCAAUAGGCGUGACAGGUAGCCGCGGCUCGAAAAAAGUUCUAGCCUGCCCUUGAAAAAAUACGCUAUUUUCGAUGUCGUGUGUAACUGUAACACUUUUUUCCUUCGAUACCUGGUGCGCCGCCCGCCGGACGACCGAACCAAAACAUGGGCCGCGAUCUUGCUCCUGACGCUCUAUUUACUGGAUCCUCUUCACCUGGUGGUGUGCUGCCCGCGGGACUAGCGAACCAGAACUAUGGCCGUACUAUCUGCAUCUUUUCAAAGUGGAUAAAAAAACUUCAGGGUGUCCGCGCAUAGGCAUUGCGCUGCUUGACCUUUGUCAUGUGCCUUUGUCACGCAUAAAAUGCAUUGGGGCCAUGCGUAUCAAGUUAUCUAGCUAAGAAGCCGGCCAUGUCGCCGCGGCGAGGACUACGCCGCGCACGGACUCGGGUCAUUCUUGAGUCUUUGGCGACGACCACUUGGCUUCAGAGAUAAUCAUGCCCCCCAAGAGAAGCCGAGCGGCUUCCAUCAGCUUCCUGCCCUCCCAAUGUGCGGCGGAGUUGCAGGUGGCGCGUCCCGACUCUUCGAUGAAGCAGAAGAAGUCUACGAGCUGGCUAUGGGUCACAUCCACGGUGGCUCUGCGCUUUUCGCUCGACACCCCCCGCCCAGCCCUUUCGACAGAGGAAACGCGGACGACCAAGUCGCCAGGCUGCUUGGCUCACUCCGCCACCCCCACGUCGCUGGGAACAUCAGCGCCCUCGCCUUCUUCCUCAAUUUCCGCCCUUCCCUGGCCUGCCAGAUUUUCUGCUUCUGCGCAGCGCCCUCAUGCGCUUGCGUGAGUUAUGGGGGCCACUCCACGCGGGCCACGCUUCAAUAGCGCAGCCACAUGCGGCAAAGCCCCUCUCGGCGGAGCCUGCGCGCUGCAGCCCCAUCGGUAUGAAUUGCCCUGGUUGGGCUUGGUUGGGAAAGCUUUCAAGGCCAUGGCCGUUUUUGUUGUGAUAGAGUUAGAACGAACUCGAGGGGGCGAGCGCGCUGGCAACGCCGUAAACCAGGGGCAGGCCCCGGCGGCCUACGCCUUCUCCUGCGUACCUCUAGCCCCGGUAGGCCCUGGGGCCUAUGCGACCUUCGCCCGUACGCAGGCCGGGAUGCCCGGGGCCCCGGCGGAAAGAUGCGCCGAGGGCUUCCGAAGCUGGGAGAUUUCUCCUCUGCGAGACCCUUGCAGAGACCCCUGCGAAGCCUGCCGCUUUUUUGAUAGCGAACCAGCCAAGGCGUGCGCCCGCGGUAGGUUUUUUGCGAGGGCCUUCAAGAUGUGGGGCGGGAUGAUUGCUUUCGGAGAUUGCGCUUUGGCCGGGUCCUUGCCAGAGACCAAGCUGCGGGGCGGCAAAGAUUGCCCCACCUGCGAAGCCCUUGGCCCGUUGCGACAUGUGUCGCAUGAAUUAGGCAACCCAGGCAGCCCCGGCAGAAGUGGCCUACAGCUGUUGGGGGGCCACUGCCCAGAAGUAUGCAAGCGCGAGGUGGCCUGAUCGCCCUGCGUGCCGUUUUGGAUUGUCCGGCGGGCCGAAUCAGGUAAGCGCCAAAGAAGGGGCGGUGGGCCGAGACCAGGCAACACCGCGCUGCCGAUGUCGCUCUUUUCAUGGCGCCCGCCUAGAGGAGUGGCAUCGCGGUCGCGUAGCUGUUUUGCUCGAAUUCCUGGCAGCGCACGCCAGGAGUGUGCUGCGGAUCCCAAAAGAAUGGCUCUGGUCCGGCUGAUUACCUAGUCGCCCGCUUCGUUUCCCUCAAACUUAUUCGCUGCGUGUAGCCUGUGCAGCUUUCUGCUGGUGCUCGGGGUUGUGGGUUAGCCUACCGCCCCUACCCGAAUCCGUAGGCAAGGCCACCGGGAAUGUUGGAAUGGGGCCGCCCUCUUAGCUAGCUAUGCGGAGAAUGGGAAAAAUAGCACAGGCGUUGGCUAGAGACCACCCAUAAAGAGGCUCGCCUGCUUUGAUAUCGAAAUGCGCGGACCCUGAAAUUUUUUUAUCUACUUUGAAAAGAUGCAGAUAGUAUGGCCAUAAGAACAUGGGCCGCGAUCUUGCUACUGACGCUCUAUUUUUGCGGAACGCAGUGGACGAGGGCAGGGCAGACGGGGACGAGGAGCAGGAAUCUCAAGAACAUAGCUGUGCUCGACCAGUGACUGCUGCUACUGCACGAUCCACGACGAAGAGCAAUAUAAUUACCCCCACUGCACAAGAGCCACAUGGCGCCGAGUCCAACAGCUCUUGUACGAGGACGACCAGCAGUUGUACUACUACCCCCGAACAGCAGCUGCAGGCACCGAGUUCGUACAGAAUCCACUUCAAAUCGGCAUUGGCGUCCUCUCGUCGCCCGAGCGUGACUGAGACGGAUGCAAUAAGAACCACCGGGGUGAUGACCAGUGACGAGAGCAGUCUAUCGCUGGUUCGUCGACGGAGCACCCGCGGACUCUUGAUGCAGCAGUUCAUGUCCACCGUUCGGGGGCUCACAUCAAGUGUCGGAAACGCCAACCACGAGUACCACAACUGCUUCCAGAAGGGGCUUGCGUUUGUCCGCGACGUGGACGAGGACGAGCAAAGUGGUCGUCCAGACGAGGAAGAGGACCACGCCGUUGAUUUUCGAAGGAUCCCAUACGAACAAGAUCUGGCGAACGAGGACACUGUGGCGGACGAAGACCAUGAUCAGACGGAGUCGUCUCUGAUGCAAAUGAACUUGGGGCGUCGAACCAAGCACGUUCAAAAUAAGAAAGCCCUGGCAGGUAGAACCAGCCACGCGGCAGGACCUUCCGGAGAAGUAGAUGCUGACAGCGAGGACAGGAGGGUCGUCGGCGUCAGUCCUGCUCACCAGCAUCACCUUAGAAAGAGCUGCCCGUUGAAUGCCAUUAUAGCUGUGCAGGACUCUACAACGAGCUCAGCUUCGACUUCGCUCGAGGGAAUCGAGAUCAUGGAUCCAGCAGUCAGCGAGGACAAUACGGCCGACGCUAGGUGCUGGUCGACGGAUGGGACACCCUCCCCGGCUGCGAUUGCCAGAAAGAGCACAAAAGAACGUUCGGUAGUUUCGGCGGAAACUAUUGGCACUAAGACAGCGAAUGAUCUCGUUGACGGGAGGAGGGAAAGAACAGGAGAUACUACCCCACGACAGCACCCCGAGAAUACAACAGACGACCAAAAAAUCACCGUGCUGAGAAAGAACGUAUUUUUAAGCAAGAAUAGCAAUAACGUCCAAGAAAGCAGCUGCAGCACCAGCGGCACUACCACGACGAAAGCCUGUCUGGAGGAAUGGCUCUGUGGAUCGCCCUGUCUCGUGUGCGGAGGGAAUUUGAAAAGCGGAGCGCGGGUGUGCGUUUGCGGGAUUCCCGACCACCGGUAUGCUUGGUCGUCUCACCUAUUUUCGAGGAACGCUGCGUAACCACGGGAAAUUAUAAAGCACACCUUUGCAUUUUUGCAACUUGAUUCGAAAGCAACGUAUUUUAGAGAUUACUGUCGCUGAGUCUAGCUCUAGCACAUACACGUAGACAGUCACUGGAUCUUUCAGAAUUAGACCAAGCGCUUCGCCGUGGCGGACGCAAAUAAGUUGUCGUUUCUUGUUUGGCACAAUGAGGAAGACAAAGUACACGCUCGCCUCUGCAUUGCUAGGCAGGUAGAACAAAAUGACACCCGAAUCACGAGGGACGAGAUCAUUUCUGUCAGUAUACAUAGGAACAAGCACGGAUGUGCUACUUUUCCGUGUGAUAGUACUAUGGCAACCCUGCCACCGUCGAACUGCGCUGCUGGAGAAGAGGUUUUUGUUACAGACCGACAACAGCACCAACAAGUGGGAGAUCAUGCUGCAGGCCUCCAAGACGGGAAUGCUCAUCGGCUGCACGAGAACGCGCAAUACGACAAUCAAACUGAUCUUGAUCAUGUUAAUACGGGCCGUCAGAGAGAUGCAGCGGGUCUUCCUGGAUCUUGCACGUAUCAUGAAAACAGCAACGAAGAUGGAAGCGUCGUCGAAGAUGACACACGAGCUAGAAGCAACAUUAAGUUGAAUCUUCUGGACGUCGCGUGCCCAGAGGAAUGCAGCCUGUGGCAAUGGCGCAUUUCGUCCGCCACCGCUGCGGCCAACAACUCACCCGCGGCAACGCGACGCGAGAACCAGUACUGGCGGAAGUGGUUCAAGUUGCAGCAACAGCUCGGGGGCACACCAGCGGGCCAGACCCAUUUUCCAGAUACCCCAUCGGUUCUCUACGAUGCGACCCCGUCCCCGAGCAACUCUAACUCCGUCAAUGCAUCUUUUCGCCCUGAUGAAAAACGAGCUCAGCUGAACUUGUCUCGGCUAGUCCAGCUACUGCAGGUCCAGCAACACCGCCAACAGGAGCACAACCAUGUAGUACCAUCAAACAGCGCCGCGCACUCGCACACCUCUGGCAUCAUAGAAGUAGAGCCAUCGAGAUCGACCGGUUCAUUCCGCUAA